AUGAAUUCCCGAGAAUCUACUGACCACUGGAACCUCAACCAAGGUCGACUCAGCGAGGCCAGGAAGUGUGGAUCAUCAGAGUAUAGAGAAUCUGACCACAACCAAACACGAUCGGAGUCUGUAUCGUCCGUGGGUGAACAUGGCGGCACAGGGUUCAGGCCAAAAAUGCGCCCACUGUGUGAUCAUCAAGUUAGUCAGGAAAAUAAUCAGAAAGUAAUUCAGGAAUUGAGGGGGGCACCAAUGAUGGACGAACACUACCUCAAUCACACGCUCUCUUCUACAUCGGAAAUAAGCAACUGCCAACGUGGUCUCAGAUUAGAUGAUGAAAUGACAGAUCGGCUGAGAAGUGCAGAAUUAAUGCAGAAGCCAGAAAGUGAUAAUGAAAGAAAGGAUGAGGGGAAUUUGGAGGAGGAGAAGGAGUGGUUAGAGCAGGUAGAGGAGGCGGCUAGAAGGAUAGCUAUCCCUCUGUGGCAGCACUGGGACCGAGGACGGAGGAUGUUGAUGCCCCUGGUUCCUGGAAUGACUGCUGGCUCUGCAACAAGUGAAAACACGACAAAAGAAGAAGCACAAUGCCAUGUGUUGAAUAUGGAAGAGGAAAUUAAGCUUGCAAUCGCUUGCAGUACAUUAGAUUUGUACACUGACAGCUUUAACUGUAGAGAGGUGGAGAGCACAGACCCGAGCUUCACACUGGAUACAGAAGGAGCCACCGACACCGCAAAAGGCCUCUAUUUCUCUACACACGCUGGAUUGAAAACUGAUCAAUUCUUUACCUCUGGAGCAGGAAUAAAUGCCUCACCUGAUCUGGAUGUCUGCUGGACAGCUGACAGGUCAACGGACACAACAGCGGACCUGUUCGGGUUGAUUGGAGACGUACAUUGUGGCAGAGACGCAGGAUUUACAGAAGACAUUGCACAUUUAUUGUCUCCCUGUACACCAACAGACACUCAUACUGACACACAAGACCACUCAUUUUACUCCAAAACAGAUCACAGCAUGACAUUAGGCGUCGUAGACGAUAUAGAACAUUUUCUAAAGACUGCUUAUAGUGCAAGAACAUGCAUCACUGAUGGCACAAGGAACUUCCAUGAGGAUAAAGAGGACGAGGAGGGGGUGGAUUCACGCUGGGAAAUACUGUCAAAGCCUUGA